UUGAUAGUAGAGCGUCGAAGCCCACCAGACGUAGUUCAAAAAGUGCGAGAUUGCGAACAUAGUGUUAUCAAUCAACUUGCUGCGUUAUAUAAUUCGGGCGGUAGACAAGCCCCCGGAAAGUUCCGAUUACUAAUUACAAAUAGAAUUGGUUCUGAUCGCCAUUUAAAUCGGCUCUUUAGUUUUCAGCAACAUGGCCGAUCGACCGCAGGAUCCAAAGGCUCCAAAGCCACUGAAACCCGUCCCCAAGACAGGUGAUCCGAUAAUCUCGCAGAUUGGCGACUUCCGGCGCUACCAGUUGUUCUUUUUCUUCAUCGUUCUACUGUGCAAAUUUGGCACGGGAUGGCACACCCUGGGUCACAUUUUCCUCGCAGCACCGACGCCGUUAUCCUGCAAGACGGAGAACGUCACGGAUCCCUGCAGUGACGAAUGCUCCGAGACCGAGUUCGACACUAGCGUCUUUAAGUCCACCAUUAUAACUGAGUGGGAUCUCACCUGCGAGAGCAAACGGCUGGCCAGCUUGUCCCAAAGUAUCGUCAUGCUGGGCAUCUUGUUCGGCAGUAUUCUGUUUGGCAUGUUCGCUGAUCGGUAUGGACGACGCCCUGCCUUCCUGACGUGCUGCUUCAUGCAACUGAUCACUGGCCUCAUCGUCUGCGUAUCCCCCUACUACUGGUUCUACUGCUUCUUUAGGUUCCUGGUGGCUGUGGCCACGGCGGGAACGAUGACCACCAGUUUCGUCUUGCUGAUGGAAAUCGUGGGACCCCAAAAGCGCGAAAUGGUAGCCAUUCUCUACCAAAUCCCCUUCAACAUCGGCCACGCUUCCCUGGCCCUGUUCGCCUACUUUAUUCGAGAAUGGCGCUAUUUCCAGUUCAGCAUCACCAUUUUCUCGGUCGUGUUCGUGAUCUACAUUUGGCUGGUCCCCGAGUCGCCACGCUGGCUCUUUACCACCGGCAAGCUGGACAAGUCUAUAAAGAUUUUGGAGAAGAUCGCCAAGUGCAAUAGGGCUCCGACGGAAACGAUUCGGCCGGAGAUCGAAACUGCAUAUGCGGCACUGGCAGCCCGCCAGCCGGUCAAAAAGGGCACCGUCGUGGACCUAUUCCGGACACCCUAUAUGCGGAUUAAGACCAUAUUCAUGGCCAACAAUUGGCUUGUGGUUUGCAUGGUCUACUACGGCACCGCUCAGUAUGUCUCGGCGCUGGGCGGCAACAUCUUCAUCAGCAACGCAAUCGCCGCCGGAGUGGGCAUUCCAGGCACCUGCCUCUGUGCGAUCAUGACCAAGUACCUCGGACGCAAGAAGACCCUGCUUCUUUCCAAUGGAUGCAGUGCUUUGGGCUUGAUCCUAUUGGCCUGCCUUUCCACUCAGGCAGAGGUUGUGCGUGUGACCUGCGCCACCAUUGGACUUUUUGGAGCAUCAAUCACCUUUCCGAAUGUCUACUUGUACGGCGGAGAGCUCUUUCCCACUGUUGUGCGUUCCAGUGGAGUUGGUCUCUGCUCGAUGGUCGGACGAAUAGGCUCCAUUGUGGCCCCGCUCAUCGUCGAUCUGGCUGCAUACGGUCUGUGGGUGGCGCCCCUCAUCUUUGGAAUUUUCUCCAUUCUGGCAAUGCUUGGCACAAUUUUCUUGCCGGAGACACGAGGAACUCCACUACCGGAAACACUGGAGGACGGAGAGACAUUCGGGCGUAAAAAUAAGACUCAGGCAUAGGGCUUUUCUUUCAGUGCUGCAUCGGUGUAGCAAGGCGAAAAUUUAAAAUUUUCGAGCCCAGCUAAACUCCUAUUGCCUGGGCUCUAAAAUUAUUAAAUUUCGACUUAAGUUGAGAUUUAUACGAUGCGAUAUGUCAGUCACCGAAAAGCUAAACUGCCGUUCGUGCCUCCAACAAAAUGGGAAAAGCAAAAAAAAAAUUGAAAAAUCUAGCGAAUGCAAAAGGUAAUUACCGCGGAGUAACUUCCACUUCGUGAUUAUUAAAACUGGGUUAGCAGUCUGAAUCCAGUCUCAAUCGUAGCGGUUCUCCAACUGCCUUAAUGUCGAGGUGCAAAGCAGCCAAAUAGCUAACUGGCAGACCCGCCAAGUGACUGGGGGGAAUGCAAGCUUCGCAUGUGAACCCAAUCGAUAGCAGCUAAGAACAAUUAAAUUUUAUAGUAGAAUUCAAGCAGAAGUGGGAACUGUUUCUCCGGACCGAAGUGCAUCUCAUAAGGUUUCUGUGGGCAAACGCGAGGUUGUCAAUCUGGAAUAUUUGUAUCAGCUGUCGCUAUAAGUAAAAUCUGUACCAUCAGAUCAAAUGUAUGAAACAUUUAUUCGGUUGUUACGUUAAUAGUUUAAAACCCAUGCAAUGUAAUUUUGAAUCGAAUAAAUUGCAUUUUAGCAUUUCAUUUAAUAAAACAA